AUGAAAUUAUCUUUUUUGUUUUCAAUCAUUCUUUGUAUUAUUUUUUCAAACUUUUUAUGGUGGAGUUUUUAUAAUAAUAACAAUAACAAUAGCAGUGAUAACAACAUAAUAAUCGAUAAUAGUAGUAGUAUUAGUUUUAGUGAUAAUAAAUUAUUAUACAUUGUAGAGAAUACAGUUUAUUUAUUGGAUAGAAUGAGAUCACUAAGGAAUUUGGCGAUGGAGUUGAUGAAGGAGGACAAUCGAGCGAGUUCACCUGCACUGUUCAAUAAGCUAAAGAGAGAGUACUCGAAAUACUAUCAUAUAAAACACCCAGAGAACUUUAAAUAUGACCAUGCAUCACGAUUCGUACAGACCAGCUUUGACCAAGAGACCUGCCAGUUCAUCAUAAAGACACCUCGUUGGAAUGCAGUGACUAGCGGUCUAAACUGGCUGAUGAUGUGGUACUACACGAAAACAGACUCAAUGGGUUACAUCGGAAUGGGUAACAUGUUCAUACUUUCAACCGAUCAAUAUAGAUUGUUAUUCAGACAACCUUCAUCAACAUCUUCACCAUUGUUGACAUCAAACACUGAGAAUAACAACAAUGAUAAUAACAAUGAUGGUGGUGGUGGUGGUGGUGAUAGUAGUAUAAAAUCAUUGGUUAGAUAUUCAAGUUUGUUGGAUGUUGGAUCGGGUUGUGGUGCAACCACUCAGCAAUUACAACCGAUGUUCAAAGAGGUGGUUGCUACUGAAGCAUCGAGUGGAAUGAUAUAUAGUUUAAAGAAAAAAGGAAUAACAGCAAUUUAUUGUACAGAUUUAGAAGGUUGUAAAGAAUUAGAAGAUAGAAGAAACAGCUUCGAUGUUGUGUCUUGUUUGAAUGUUUUGGAUAGAUGUGAGAGACCGAUCACUCUGCUGCAACAAAUGAAACAGUUUAUUAAACCGGGUGGUAGACUUUUGUUGGCCGUUGUCUAUCCUUUCAAGCCUUAUGUAGAAUUUGGUGGAAAUAAUAAUAAACCAUUCGAGAAAUUAAAUAUAAAUAACAAUUCAAUUGAAGAAUAUAUAAGCUCAAUGAUAAGCAAUGUAUUUGAACCAAUAGGAUUUAAAACGGAAUCGUUCACAAAGGCACCAUAUAUAUCGGAGGGUGAUAAGUAUUACGAUAACUAUGUUUUGGUUGAUACUCUUUUUGUUUUAUCUGUAAUGCCAGAGAAUGAACAAUCGAAUUCUACAAUCAACCAAUGA